AUGGAGCUCGAGAAUAUCGUGGCCAACACCGUUCUCCUCAAGGCGAGAGAAGGAGGCGGCGGAAACAGAAAAGGCAAAAGCAAGAAAUGGAAACAGAUGCUCCAGUUCCCUCACAUCAGCCUGUGUGAAGAGCUGCGCCAGUCUAUCGAGAAAGACUACAACAGCCUUUGCGAGAAGCAGCCAAUUGGACGGAUGCUUUUCCGGCAGUUCUGCGACACCAGGCCCGAACUCAAAUGCUGCGUGGAGUUUCUGGACGCCGUGGCUGAAUACGAAGUGACUCCAGACGAGAGGAGACGAGAGUGUGGACAGGAACUUCUGGAAAAAUACUUCAACCCAAAGUCAGAGAAUUAUGUACCUGAGGUUUCUGAGGAGAUGGUGUCCAAAUGCGCUGGACGCCUGCAGCAGGAGGCGUGUAAAGAACUUUUCAUGGAGUGCACCAAGCUGAUCCAUGACUAUCUGAGUGUGGCUCCCUUCGCCGACUACCUCGACAGUAUGUUCUUCAACCGCUUCUUACAGUGGAAAUGGCUGGAGAGGCAACCUGUGACGAAGAACACGUUUCGGCAGUACAGGGUGCUGGGUAAAGGUGGAUUUGGGGAGGUGUGCGCGUGCCAGGUGCGGGCGACAGGAAAGAUGUACGCCUGUAAAAAGCUGGAGAAGAAGAGGAUUAAGAAGAGGAAAGGAGAGGCCAUGGCCCUGAAUGAGAAACAGAUCUUGGAGAAAGUGAACAGUCGGUUUGUAGUGAGUUUGGCUUACGCGUAUGAGACUAAAGACGCGCUCUGCUUGGUCCUCACGUUAAUGAACGGGGGAGAUCUGAAGUUUCACAUCUACCACAUGGGCGAGGCGGGAUUCGAGGAGAACAGAGCGGUCUUCUACGCCGCAGAGAUCUGCUGCGGACUUGAGGACCUCCACAGAGAGAGAAUCGUCUACAGGGACCUGAAGCCAGAGAAUAUUCUGCUAGAUGACCACGGUCACAUCCGCAUAUCGGACCUGGGCUUGGCCGUGCACGUGCCUGAGGGUCAGACCAUCAAAGGUCGCGUUGGGACCGUCGGUUACAUGGCACCGGAGGUGGUGAAGAACGAGCGUUACACGUUCAGUCCUGACUGGUGGGCAUUGGGCUGUCUGCUCUACGAGAUGAUCGAGGGCCAGUCGCCGUUCCAGCAGAGGAAGAAGAAAAUCAAACGGGAGGAGGUGGAGAGGCUCGUCCGGGAGGUGGAGGAGGAGUAUUCCAGCAAGUUCUCCGACGACGCCAAGUCCCUCUGCAAGAUGCUGUUGGCCAAAGACCCCAGUGAGAGGCUGGGCUGUCAGGGGGGCGGAGCGUCAGAGGUGAAGGCCCACCCCAUCUUCCGCUCCAUCAACUUCAAACGGCUGGAGGCGGGGAUGCUGGAGGCCCCCUUCAUACCUGACCCCCAGGCUAUCUACUGUAAGGACGUUCUGGACAUUGAGCAGUUCUCCACCGUGAAGGGAGUGGAGCUGGAGCCCAAAGACGAGUCUUUCUACAGCAAAGUGUCCACGGGCAGUGUCCCCAUACCGUGGCAGAAUGAGAUGAUUGAAUCCGAGUGCUUCAAGGAGCUCAACGUGCUACAUUUGGACGGGACGGUACCUCCGGACCUGGACUGGCGGGGCCAGCCGUCACCCCCUCCUAAACAGGGAUUGCUCCAGAGGCUUUUUGGGAGACAGGAAUGCUGUGGAAAUUGUAGUGACAGUGAUGAAGAGCCCACGCGACUGUGA